AUGUGUAGGUAUGUUUGGACCGAAAUUUUCCGCAAUUAAUUUCUAAUCAAUUAGAGAGAGAGAGAGAGAGAGGUUAGUCGUUGUAAUGCUCGAAUUCAGCACUUAACUUGUCCAAACAAGUUCCGAAAUGAUUAUUUUUCGGCUAAAUUGAGGGCGUGGCAGUUUUUACUAGAGGACUUGAGCACUUACCUCCAGCUGUGUAUAUAUAAUGAUAGAAUCAAGAAGCUGUGUAUCAAGUGGUUGUACAAAUUAAAAACAUGGAUAAAAGGGGCAGUGCUGAACUUUUGAGCAUAGAUCAAAAUAAUUCCAAAAAUGCUAGUUCUGAUUCCCUCAAUUCAGACAGCAAGAGUAGUUCGCUUAAUUCCAAAAUGGGACAAGAAUCUGAAUGUUGGGAAAAAGCAUCUCGUUCGAAGAGCUUCUCGACAAGCUCAACCUCGACGGAUAAUAAUAUAAUUUCUGCCCUAGAAACUAAAAAAGAGAAUCAAGGAAAAGAGGAUGUGAAUCUGACUGGAAACGAGACAGGACCACCACUUCUGAAUGGCGAAAGGGUACACGGAGUAGCCAGAGACGUAACUUAUUUGUGCCCUUACUCAGGACCAUCUAGAGGAGUGCUCACUGUCACAAAUUACAAAUUGCAUUUCCGCAGUAUCGACAGAGAAACGCCCUAUAUCGUCGAAAUGCCCCUUGGUGUCGUUAGUAGAAUCGAAAAAGUCGGUGGUGCAUCCAGUAGGGGCGAAAAUUCCUAUGGCAUAGAAAUAUUUUGUAAGGACAUGCGAAAUCUCAGAUUCGCGCAUAAGCAAGAGAAUCAUUCCAGGCGAAACGUUUUCGAAAAAUUGCAGCAGUAUUCGUUCCCCUUGUCUCAUAGUAUGCUUCUUUUUGCAUUUGAGUAUUCAGAAAAUUUUCCCGAGAAUGGAUGGAACGUGUAUGAACCAAUUGCUGAGUUGAAACGAAUGGGAAUAAACAAUGAUAUGUGGAAAAUAUCAAAAAUCAAUGACUCGUACUCAGUGUGCGAUAGUUAUCCGGCAGUAUGGGCAGUACCAACAGCAGCUACGGACGAAGAUCUGCAAGCUUCUGCUGCAUUUAGAAGUAGGGGCAGGUUACCCGUUCUAUCCUGGAUCCAUCCAGAGAGCCAAGCGACAAUAACUCGGUGUGCACAACCGCUGGUGGGCGUAGGUGGCAAAAGAAGUCGUGAGGAUGAAAGAUACAUACAGCUGAUUAUGGAUGCUAAUGCACAGAGUCAUAAACUUUUUAUCGUCGACGCUCGGCCUAUGGCGAAUGCCGUAGCGAAUAAGGCGAAAGGAGGCGGGUACGAGAAUGAAGAUGCUUAUCAAAAUAGCGAAAUUGUGUUUCUCGAUAUUCACAACAUUCAUGUGAUGAGAGAGAGUCUCAGAAAAUUAAGAGAACUGUGUUUCCCGACUAUUGACGAAGCAAGGUGGUUGUCGGGCUUGGAGUCAACAAUGUGGUUGAAGCAUAUAAAAUACAUUAUUGCUGGAGCAGUGAAAAUUAUUGACAAAGUUGAAACUCACAAGACUUCUGUACUAGUACAUUGUUCUGAUGGUUGGGAUAGAACUGCACAACUCACUGCUUUGGCAAUGCUACUGUUGGAUCCUCACUACAGAACUAUCAAAGGAUUCGAAGUACUGAUUGAAAAAGAAUGGCUCAGUUUUGGUCACAAGUUUCAACAGAGAAUUGGUCACGGUGAUGAACAUCACAGUGAUGCAGAUAGGUCGCCUGUAUUUGUACAAUUUAUAGACUGCGUUUGGCAAGUUAGCCAACAAUUCCCUAACGCUUUUCAAUUUAAUGAGUAUUUCUUGAUAACAAUAUUGGAUCACCUUUACUCUUGUCGUUUUGGUACUUUCUUAUUCAGCAGUGAACGAGAAAGGGUGCAAGAACGACUGAAAGAGAGGACGGUAUCGUUAUGGUCCUUCAUUAAUAGCCAAAUACCUUUGUAUCAAAAUCCGCUCUACUGGGAUGGCCCAAACCAUCAAUUGGUAUUGUUACCAAUCGCUAGCAUGCGGUACAUCAAACCAUGGAAGAGUUUCUACUGCAGAUGGAACCCUAGUAUGAGACAACAGGAUCCAGUGUACCAGCGUACACGGGAACUUUUAGUUUUAAAAGAGCAACUUAAGAAAAAAGUCGAAGAGUGUAGGCGCGAGCAAGCGCUGCGUACCAAUAAUCGGCCAACAAUCAACUCAACAUCAUCAGCAACAUCGGCAGUACCUAGAUUACACUCACCUGUGCACUCUUAGCAGAGCCCAGUGGAGCAGCCUCGACUACUCCUUACCGUACGUCAACGAGUCUUAGACUAAUACUCUCGAUGAGGCACGCAAGUAUUGUUCAAAAUACAACACGCGUAGCUGUUCUCGCGCAUGCCAAGGUACGAUUUUUUUUUGUGAGAAAUCGCUUGGCUCUCUCGCGUCAAGACGAAAAAUGUUUUAAUAUUUUACUUUGACUGAAUCAGCAUCGCUGUUUGUACAAAAAGCGUUAUCUUUUAACUUUUUAAUCGAUUACUGGAUCGAGCAGGUGGACUCGAAGCACGCUUUUUAUGAAUAUAUUUGAUGAAAUAAACUAAAUAAAGUAACCUGUAUGCAUAUACAUGUAUUGAUAGCAACAAAGCAUACAAAACGUUACAGUGACUGUCAAACUGUUGUAUAUUAGUACACACUCACGUCACUCACACACAAACAUACACACGUAGAAGUCGGUACAAAAUAAAGUAAUUUCAUACUUGUAAGAAAAUAUUUCGAGAAUAAAAAAAUAGGUCAAACAAAAAAAAAUAAUUUAUGCUUUCCAUCUAAACCUGCUGCUCGCGAAUUCUUUUUUACAGUCUCUGGACAUCUUUUGUUUUAAUUACAAUAUAUUAUCGUAAUUCAUAAAACUGUUGGCAGUUUCAUCAUUCUAGAACACAACGAGACAGAAGUACGUUGCCACGGAAUUUCUCAAAAAACAUGAUAAAUUAUAAAUCAUAAAUACAAAAAUCGUAAAUUUUUUAGUUAACUGAACAAAAGGUAAAACAAUGAAUCGUAAGGCUUUUGUGCAUAAGCUUAGGUAAGAAAGUCAUGCGUCAGGCCAACUGGCUGAGCAGGUAAAUCAAAUUAGUUGAAAAGAUAAAGUAUGGAUUAAGGAGAUAAGCGCAGUUCAUGAGCUUGCUUAGUUGAACCCAGCAUUUGAAGCAGAGUAUUUUGUUGCCGAUGCCUGGAUUUGCGUAAGAGAUGUUAACUCAAGACAAUUUUUUUCUAAUUAAUU